CGAAAUGGUGCGGGCGAUGGGCCCCGACGCAGCUCUGGAAGACGGAGACGUCGCGAAGAAUGCUCAACAACUCCUAGCUUCCCUGAUUCGCAUACUUCGCCUCUCAAUAUCCCACCAAUUCGUCCCGCAAUUGCUCCUGUCGUGGAAUCCUUUCGGCAAGGGUUAAAAUCCAAAACCCGAAGUCCUUCUGUUGAAAUUCAUGAACAACUGAAGCCACCGGAACCGGUAAUCAGAUCCAGGCCUGCAUCUUCUUCACGUUCGUUCGUGUGGGAUGAGCGUGCACACCCCGCGGGUCAGUCAUCAGAUCUUGACUCAAAGAACCCUGUUCCUGUUGAGCAAACAAUCGCACCCAGUCUGCCUAAUCUGACGGACGAUUCGUCUACAAAUCUCGUCCCGAUCGAUCCAAAAGCACUCGAUGUGUCAUCUGUUCCGGCCGCCACCGAGGACAACACAGAGGAAACUGACGAAUGGCGAGAUGUCACACCUCGACGCCGAGAACGCCGUCGAUCUCGGCACUCAUCCAAACAAUCCGAAUCGGGGACUCCUAUUUCGCUUGCCAAAAGAAUGUCUCCCUCCCCUGCCCCAAGUGCUACAGCAGCUGCUUCCACCCCCUCUGAGGUGACGAGUACGGAUAGGGAUCAACCACCACCACAGCCACUGGGACUACCGUCACUAUCCUCUCAGGAAACGAAAACACCGGAAGCCACACCACCACUUCCCGAACCGCGCGACUUUCAAACAGCAAAUUCAUCGAAAAUGGAUAGUAAUCAACAGCCCGAUUCGCAUGGCGACUCACUGGAACCGGGUGAUUUGCGGUCAGCGGAUGUGUUGACCGAACUCGUGACCUUCAUCACAUUUGUUCCUCCCAACGCCUGUGGUUUAGAGCUUCAUUCACGGGAUUUAAUGUGA